AGUCUUUUAACGAAACUCUAUUGGAAUGUGUGAAUUGUCGCUAAAUCGGAGAUACGCGUUUAAUUAUAGUAAAAAAUUCAUUAAAAAAUAAUAAGUUUUAUUAAAAAAUCUAAGUGAAUUUAAUAGAAAAAUACUGCGGUGUAUUAAAAAAUAAUAAAAGAAAGAAAAACAGCAAAUCGCAGAAAAAAAACGAAAAUUCAAUAAACAAUAACAAGUACGGACUAAAUUUGACAACGACAACAAAAAAUAAAUUGUCAACACACUAAAUAUUCGCAACAAUAAUAACAACAACAACAAAAUAAAUAGUAGAUACAUUUUUCAACACAACUCGUGAUUUUGUUUUUUGAAGAAUCAGCAGCUGGUGGUGAAAAGAAAUUUUGAAAUUUAUUUGAAUUUAUUGUGGACUACCAUGAGUUUAAAUUUCAAUAAGUUUGUGGUUUUAAAAAGGAAAUGAAUUCAGUCAAGCAUCAUCGUAUUGGAGUAUUUUUAUCUCCAACAAAAGUUAAAUAAAAUUUUAAAACAAAAAUUACGCAAAAUUAUUAAAAAAAAAUUGUUACGUACAAUUAAAUUAUAAAAAAAAUUAUAAAUUUUUUCUUCUAGUCAUACAAAAUAUUACAAAAAUUUAGUAAAUUAAACAACGAGUACUAAACAUAAUAUUUUUAGUGUUAAAUUUAAAAUAUAUUUCAAAAAAUAUAACGCGUUUUCAAAUCUUUGUAAUCGUGUGUUUAACGUGGAAUUUAAAGUGUGCGUAAUAUUCAUUCGGUUUAUAAAGAGAAAUAUUUAUAUUUAUAUAUAAUGCCUUAUAAUCGUGAUACGGCUUCAGCUCAGGCUGAUAAAUUAAGCGGUAUUGAGGAGGAGAGCGACUUGUAUGAGGGAUUUGCUCCACAUGUUGAAACUUCGGAAAUUAAGGUGCUGGAUUUCUAUAAUUUACCAAAGUCAACAGGCAAAGAACCCGCUUUGCGUUCUUUUACCGAAAUCAAACAACUUUUAGAUCAAGGCAAAAAGCGUGAUGUCAAAACUAUUUUACGCGAAAAUUCCUGGCCCAUUAAUUCACCCAUACGUUCACAGUUGUGGCCCACAUUAUGUGGUCAACAUAAUACAAAACCACCCAUGGUUGAGGGUUUCUACUGGGAAAUGGUUCAUCAGGUUUUUGGCACUACAGAAUUGUCGGAGAAACCCAUUAUGUUACCUGCAUUUGUUGAUGCAACUCAUUGUUUGCCCUACCAUUUAACACGUACCGGUCGUGCUGUGGCCGAUCGUAUUGUUAAUGUUUUGGGCUACGAUUGUCCCGAUAUCACUUACAGUCCAGUAUUGUAUCCGAUUACAUCGAUUUUAUUGCAUUUUAUGUCUGAGGAGGAAGCUUAUCAUUGUUUGGCCGCUUUAGUGGGUAGCAAGGAAAAAGUGUUCAUAAAUCAAACUAAACUAUUGCAUGAAGUGACAUGGAAAACCGUUAUGCAAAUAGCCAAAAAACAUACAAAAAAUGCCGUUUCAUAUUUUCAACGAAUUUGUCCUGGCGUUAAAUUGGAACGUGUUUUUAUGGAUUGGUGCUGGUGGAUUUUAGCUGGUCUACCCUUCCAGCAUUUAGUACGCAUUAUGGAUUGUUUUUUCCAUGAAGGCAUUAAAGUUUUAUAUCGUGUUGCUUUAGUCAUUUUAAAUCUCUUCCACAAGGAGUGUCAAUCAAACAACGAAUGGAGUCCGGAUAAUAUUAAGAAUGACAUUGGCAGUGCUUUAAUAAAGUUUUGCAAAAAAAUCCCAGUAUCGCCGGCCAAAUUAUUACAUGCCGCUUUUAGUAUUAGGGGACUAAGUUCCACAUAUAUUUCUAGAAUAUUUUUAAAGACUGAAAUGCUAUUAAAAAGCCGUUCCGUUUUGAAUAGCGGUAAUAAACAAUUAGUUAAAUCGCGUUCCAGCGAUAAUCUACCAACAAGUCAAUCACAAGUCAAUAUACAAAUGAUGUCACACACAUUAACCAUUAGAGAGAAGGCACACCACACCGAAACUUGUCGGAACUUGGGUGAAAAAUCCCCUGGCCAUAGAGCCAUAGCCAUGGGUGUUUAUCCCAUACACAAUUUAAAGUCUACCGUUUGUCAAAAUGAGGAUCUUUUCACAUUGUGGUCUUGGCUUCCAGUUAGAAUAACAAUGUAUCAGCCUGUAUUGUUAUAUACCACCGAGGAACAUGGCUGCUCUUUAACCACAUUUUAUGUUCGAGUGGAACAACAUGAACCCACUUUAAUGAUGAUUAAAACUUGUAAUAAUGAGGUAUUUGGUGCCUACUGUUCGUCCCGUUGGUUUGAGCGCAACAUAAAAGAUGACAAAGGCCAAAGGCAAGCCUACUUUGGUACAGGAGAAACUUUCCUAUUCUCUCUAUAUCCGGAACGAGCUAAAUAUCCCUGGGUGGGUAUUGACAAUGACAAAGAUUUGGGACAUUCAUCUGAGCUAUUCAUGGCAGCCGAUUCAAAAAUGAUAACCAUAGGAGGAGGAGAGGGUCAAGCCAUUUGGAUGGAUGAGAAUAUACGCUUUGGCAAAACUGACAGCUGUAAAACCUUUAAUAAUCCACCUCUCUGUCCUUCGGGUGAUUUUGAAAUACGAGUUUUAGAAGUCUAUGGUUUUGUGGGAGUUUAAAAAAUCGUUUAUAUAUUAUUAUUAUUUUCCAAAGGACUUAAACGUUGAAAUAAACGUUUGUUAUGUGUUAAAAAUUACAAGGCUUUUUAGUAGAGCUUAUUAGGAGUCUUCGUGAAAGGCCUUUCUUCUCUAUCUCCCCGCCGAUUAUAUAUGAAACAAUAUGUCUUCUAUUACUUUAUAAUAAUUUUCUCCUGCUUAAAAAACAGAUAUGUAUGUAAAAGGAAUUUGCUUUGUUUGUAAAGGUUUCCCUUCUUACUUACCUACCAGCUAUUCUUGCAUAAAUUUGUAUUUCUUUUCAACAACAUUAGCAUUAACUUAUUGUUUGUUUUCUUUUAAAACAAUGAAAAAGAAAAUUGUUAAGAAUUUUUUAAACCAAAUUUUAGAAA